AAGUUAUAUGGCUAACAUCCCUCAGUUGUUAGAUUUUUCUUUUUUUUUUUAUUUAGUCUUUUCUGAUUACCAAAAUAUAAAAUUAUAAAUUGAUUGACUCGUAACUGGGGGGAGAGAAUCGGGAAUUACAUUAAGACAUCCUCCAUUGAAGAUCAACAGAAAAGAAAACCCUUUGAUUCAAGUUUCUAUUUUUGCCUGUGUUCUCUAUGACUCCAUAAAUAUCCAUCCUCCAUCGUGUGAAUAAAAUUUAACAACUGCAAAGUCUGUUCCUUUGGAAAGAACAGUAGCUAGUAGUUUGGUUUUUGGAAUUUGAUUUAGAUCCACAUUGAUACAGCAGCGGAAAGAACGAUGGCGUUUUUAGGGAUUGAUUUCAGCUGUGCAAUCGGAUCUCUCCGCCUCGGCAACUUACCAGACAAGGACUGUUUGCUGCCUCUCAUCUCCAAACUCCUUGGCUAUUGCAUCGUGGCUGCCUCCACCACAGUCAAAGUCCCUCAGAUAUUGAAAAUUUUGAAGCAUAGAAGUGUUAGAGGGCUAAGUGUGAUCGGGUUUGAGCUCGAAGUUGUUGGUUAUACCAUAGCUCUGGCAUAUUGUUUUCACAAUGGGCUUCCCUUCUCGGCUUUUGGAGAAUUGGCGUUUCUUUUGAUACAAGCUAUAAUUUUGGUUGCUGUUAUCUACUACUUUUCACAACCUAUGCCUACCCUGACAUGGAUCAGGCCACUACUAUAUUGUGCUGUAGCACCAACUGUCUUAGCUGGUCAAAUUGAUCCGGUUCUGUUUGAAGCUCUCUAUGCAUCACAGCAUGCUAUCUUUCUCGUUGCCAGGAUUCCACAGAUAUGGAAAAAUUUUUCUAACAAAAGCACUGGGGAACUCAGCUUUUUAACAUGCUUUAUGAAUUUUGCUGGUUCUAUAGUGAGAGUUUUCACCAGCAUUCAGGAAAAAGCCCCAACAAGUGUUGUUUUGGGCUCUGCUAUUGGUGUCAUGACCAAUGGCACCAUUCUCAGCCAGAUAUUAUUAUACCGAAAGUCAGAAGCUAGAAAAGAGAGGAAAGAAAAAUGAAAGAAGACCAGGUCAUAACUAGCUUUACUUCAAUUGAAGGUUCAAGGAUGGGUGCACGGGCAUUGACUUUGAUUGCUUCAAUGUUUAAAGUAAAGGUGCGAUCAUCUUUCCAUUAAGAAGAGAUACAAAAAGAAGUGACUCCCGUUUAUAUUAGUUUUUGUGGACCAGCUUGUUUGAGUCAUGAAUUAUGAAUGCAUGAAAUCCCAUUCUUAGUCCUUGUCAUUGACUUGUUAUGUAGUCUUCUUAUCUGUGCCAUUGAAGCUUAGCGCAGAGUUCUGUUUCUAGAGAUACAUUGUAGUUCAUGAUUUACAGUUUACCAAUGGUGAUACUUUAGUCAGUCAAAUACAAUGUUCGUUAGUUUUAUGAUAAAAUCGAAAUUGGUUUUAGGAUUUAUAAAUGCA